CCCUGGCAUACCUGUUGUAGGCAGCGAUGCCAGGAUGCCUGUCUCUGCCUCCCUCCGCCAAGACGGCAGCCAGGAGCGACCAGUGAGCCUGACCUCCACCACCUCCUCAUCAGGCUCCUCACGGGACAGCCGUGGGGCCAUGGAGGAUCCUAAUGGCUCGGAAGCUUCAGCCGAGAAUGGAGCAGGCUCUCCACGUGGCCGGCAACUCCCCAACAGCAACAACAACUCCAGCAGCUGGCGGAACAUGAAGGGGCCUCUCUCUCCAUUCAACAGCCGGGCCAUGGCAGGGCAUAAGCUCAGCUACCUGGGCCGAGUGGUGCGGGAGAUUGUGGAAACAGAGAGGAUGUAUGUGCAGGACCUUCGCAGCAUAGUUGAGGACUACCUCCUGAAGAUCAUUGACACGCCUGGGCUGCUGAAGCCUGAACAAGUCAGUGCCCUCUUUGGGAACAUAGAAAACAUUUAUGCACUGAACAGCCAGCUACUCAGAGACCUGGACAGCUGCAACAGUGACCCCGUGGCUGUGGCCAGCUGCUUUGUGGAAAGGAGCCAAGAGUUUGAUAUCUAUACCCAGUAUUGCAACAACUACCCCAACUCAGUGGCUGCACUGACGGAAUGCAUGCGGGACAAGCAGCAGGCCAAGUUCUUCCGGGACCGGCAGGAGCUGCUACAGCACUCGCUGCCUUUGGGCUCCUACCUGCUGAAGCCAGUGCAGCGCAUCCUCAAGUACCACCUGCUGCUCCAGGAAAUCGCCAAACAUUUUGACGAAGAAGAGGAUGGCUUUGAGGUGGUGGAGGAUGCCAUUGACACCAUGACUUGCGUGGCCUGGUACAUCAAUGACAUGAAGAGGAGGCACGAGCAUGCAGUUAGGCUCCAGGAGAUUCAGUCACUGCUCAUCAACUGGAAGGGGCCAGACCUGACCAUCUACGGGGAGCUCGUCCUGGAGGGCACGUUCCGUGUGCACCGUGUGCGCAAUGAAAGAACCUUCUUCCUCUUUGACAAAGCACUGCUUAUCACCAAGAAGCGGGGCGACCACUUUGUCUACAAGGGGCACAUCCCGUGCUCUUCCCUGAUGCUGAUCGAAAGCACCAGAGACUCCCUGUGCUUCACCGUCACCCACUACAAGCACAGCAAGCAGCAGUAUGGCAUCCAGGCCAAAACAGUGGAGGAGAAACGGACCUGGACCCACCAUAUCAAGAGGCUCAUCCUGGAGAACCACCAUGCCACCAUCCCCCAGAAGGCCAAGGAAGCCAUCUUAGAAAUGGAUUCUUAUUAUCCCAACCGAUACCGCUACAGCCCAGAGCGGCUGAAGAAGGCUUGGUCCUCCCAGGACGAAGUGUCCACCCACAUGCGCCAAGGGCGCCGGCAAUCUGAGCCAACUAGACACCUGCUCAGGCAACUCAGUGAGAAAGCCAGAGCAGCAGGACUGAAGGGGAAGGGCCGGAGGGAGUCUGAGGGCUCCAAGGGCUGCAGAAGGCCCAGCGUCCGGUCUCCAACCAGUGCUGAGAAGCGCAUGAGCUCCGAAUCUGUCUCUUCCCUGCCAGAGGUUGAGCCAGACACUGAGCCUGGGACAGAGCAGGAAGUAUUUGUUGCCAUGGAAGAUCCCAGCACUGAGGAGAUGCCGUCUGACACGGAGUCUCCGGGAGUUCUGGAAACAAAGCUUGAGGCCCACCAGGGGCUGCUAGAGAUGGACCACAUGAGUGACAUGGUGGACUUUGUGGUGGCUGAGAGCUCCGAGAAUCUUAAGGCCCUGAGCAGUGAGGAGGAGGAGGAAGAGGAGGAGGAGGAAGAAGAUAUGGGGGCAAGUCAGGAGCCUGAGAGCCUCCUGCCACCCUCUGUGCUGGACCAGGCCAGUGUCAUUGCUGAGCGCUUUGUUAGCAGCUUCUCUCGGCGGAGCAGCUUGGCUCUGGAGGAUGGCAAGUCCAGUGGCUUUGGGACCCCAAAGAUGGCCAGCCGUAGCAGCAGCAUGCUCAGCCUUGAGGGCAGCGAGAAGGGCCCAGCCUGGCAUGGCAGCAUCACAGACUCGCUCAGCUCCCAGCUCCCAGGAGAGGUGGACAUCAGUGUGGGAAUGGCUACAGAGAAUAGCCCAUCCAUCAAUGGGACAGAGCCCCUAAACUCGGGCUGCCCAGCCGAGCCUGACCAGUCCCUCUGCAAGAAGAAGGAACCAUUGCUUUCCACUCGAGACAGGCUAUUGCUGGACAAGAUCAAGAGCUACUAUGAAAACGCCGAGCACCAUGAUGCGGGUUUUAGUGUCCGGCGCCGGGAGAGCCUCUCCUACAUCCCCAAAGGGCUGGUGAGAAACUCAGUCUCUAGGUUCAAUAGCCUUCCAAGGCCAGACCCAGAGCCCAUCCCUCCGCUGGAGCACAAGAGACAGGUGAGCUCCCGACCAGCUUCAUGGGCCCUGUUUGAUCUCCCAGGACCAGGCCAGGCAUGCACUGGGGACCCAGCCCCCAUCACAGAUGCUGAGUUUCGUCCAUCUUCGGAAAUUGUGAAGAUGUGGGAGGGCAUGGAGUCUUCUGGGGGGAGCUCUCGGAAAGGGCAGAGCCAGGCCCAAGGCCAGGCAAAUGGCUUUGAUCUGCACGAGCCGCUCUUCAUCCUGGAAGAGCAUGAGCUGGGUGCUAUCACGGAGGAGUCUUCCGCUGCCUCCCCAGAGAGCGCCUCCCCAACCGAGCGGUCUAGCCCAGCCCACUUGGCCCGGGAGCUGAAGGAGCUGGUGAAAGAGCUGAGCGGUAGUGACCAGGGGGAGCUGGUGGCCCCCCUACACCCCCGCAUUGUGCAGCUUUCCCACAUGAUGGACAGCCACGUGAGUGAGCGUGUCAAGAACAAGGUCUACCAGCUGGCCCGCCAGUACAGUCUUCGGAUCAAGAGCAACAAGUCAGCAACAGCCAGGCCACCACUGCAAUGGGAGAAUGAAGCUCCCGAGAGCAAUGGGAAGAACGCCACCAUUCCCUGCCUGAAGGAGGAGGCUGGAGAGCCAUUGAGUGGUAAAGGUAAGAGAAAGCUCCUCAGCUACGAAAAGAUGGCAGCCCUCAGCUCCCCCAGGCACUGCUAUGCUGGCGACAUGUCACUACAGCAUUUCUCCUUCAGCCCCUCUGCUGCCAGCCCCAGGACUACCUCACCUGGGAUCCGGUCCUCAGGCCGAAGCCCCCUCAGCCCUUUUGACACAGAGACCUUCAGUUGGCCUGAUGUCCGAGAGCUGUGCUCUAAGUAUGCCUCCCACGAUGAGGCACUCCUGGAGGGUAGCCGGCCCCGCGGCGUGCCCAUCAACCGGAGCCACUCGGUGCCCGAGAACAUGAUGGAGCCACCCCGGCCAGGCAGAGUGAGCCGCUGCUCCAGCCUGAACACCAAGAAAGGCCGGGAAGGUGGGGAGGCCGCCCAGCCCCGGCCCCCUGGGUCCCCGCAAGGUGGGCUGGACGGAGGCCAGACCUUGUACGUCACAGCGGAACUCACUCUGGAGAAUAACCGGCGUAUGAUUGUCAUGGAGAAGGGGCCCCGGCCUGAGGGGCUAGUGGAGGAGGGCAGCGGGCAGGGACUGAGCCUGUUGACAGCUGGGGUGAGACCUAGCCAAGAUUUGCAGGAGUCUGCAGAGUAUUGGUCAAAGGAAGAGGGGCCUAGGGACCCAGCUGAUGCAAGCCAGCAGGGCAGAGUGAGAAACCUGAGGGAGAAAUUCCAGGCCUUGAACUCUAUAGAUUGA